AUAAAUUAAGGGAUCAUUUGGAUUUGGGGGAUGAAAUCGCCAAACUCGUAAACAUUUGGGAAAAAUCGUGAUCGGAGGCCAAAAGUUUGGGAAAAUCGGUCAUUUUUUUUUUUGUUCUUUCACGACAUAAAUAAGAGCUGCAGUGACUGAGACCUUAAAAGUUAAUCUGCGAAGAAGCCGAUUACUGGAACAAUUAGGGCUACAACUUGCGUAUAUAUGAAUUGAAUCAACUUUGUUCAUCUUCGGCUGAUUUUCUGUUUUUCUGCUUUGGACCCAAAGUGAGAACGAUUUCGUCUGCCGUGGACCUGAAGGAUCUGAAUCAUCUUCAAAGGUAAAAACCCUUGUCGCUUUUGACUCUGCCCUAAUUUUAGCCUAAAUGUACUAGUACCAAUUAAAACGACCUUGUUCAUUUCGGUUUGGUGUUUUUUUUUUUGCUUGGAUUUGAGGAAAGAAAGAUGGAUGCACCUGAAUCCUCCUCAAAAUCCUCCAUAAAGGGGAGAAAGAGGGGUGUUAAACGACCCCUAAGGCGCGAGGACGUUGAACCUGUAACGCGUGAGGACGUUGAACCUUUAACGCGUGACACGAUUGUUCUACGUGAGGAUGGCUCUUUUGAUCCGGAUGACCCUGAAUUCGAAAAGGGAACCACUGCUAUAGCUUUUGUUUUCAAAGAUGGAAUUAUGGUAGCUGUUGAUCAUUCAAGCAAAUCACUAGAGACUGAACCGAACAUUGUUCAACUGAAUUCUCACAUGCUGGCCACAAUAUCUGGAGGAUGUGAAUUUUUGCUCAAAGAUCUGCAAGAGAAGUGCUACGUUCAAGAACAGAAAGAGGGGAAGAAAACUUCGGCUGCAGAGGUAUUGAACUGGUUGGCUGAGACUCUUUCGGCGUACGAAGAGGAACCUUUGUCAAUAGGAAUACUGAUUGCCGUCUGGAAUGAAUCGGAGCGUUGCGUGUACUGCAUGAAUGGUUAUGGGGAAGUUGAUAAAGGUGAUGUACUUGCCACCGGAUCUGGUUCAGUUUCUUCUGUUCUCGUGGUGCAAGAAGGAAGAGGCAUUAUGCCGGUAACUCAAGCUGCUGAUGUUGCCACUGGAUCUGGUUCAGGUGGCAGACGCCGGCACUCUGGUAGUAGGCGCAAACCUAGCAUGUCUGUACCCGAAGCUGCAGAGUUGGCCAAAAAGGCUAUAUGCAUUGCUGCACAUAAUGCUCCUCAUUAUGGGGAUGUGGUUACUGUUUACCACCUUGGAAGUGACGGGUGCAACAAGCUCCUUGAGGACGAUAUAGAAGGAUGGCAAAAGGAGAACAUCAAAUGCCCAGGGAUAAGGUUCGAGAUUAUUGGAAAAGGAUGGUGAUGCAGCAGCGUCUUCUCCGGUCUCAAUUUAUUGAUUUGUGCAUCUUGUGGUUUGAUGUUUCUUUUUUUUCUUUUGGAACCGAAAUGUUGUCAGGGUACUCUGGUCUGUUGUUUAUUUCAUUAAUUUCUUUUCGUAAUGAACAAUGUUCUUCAUUGAUUUGUAUCUUGUGGGUUUUUUUAUGUUUGAUUUUCGGGUGAUUGUAAUAGGUUGAAAAAAACCAUUCAAUGAGUCUGGAGUUAGUAGUUAUUUCACGUUGAUUGGAGUAUUGUAGUAAAAAUAGUGAGUAAAUGACCACAUGUGUGACAAUUGCUAUUCUGUUUCCCAAGAUCCAUAUACGUGACAAGUUACACCCUGCGUGCUAUGGGAACCUAUGCCAAUUUUCUACACAACAGACUCCAAAAAAGUAUCCCAAUUAUCCCAUGUCCAUGCUUGUUUAUCAGGUCC